CAAGCUGGGGUUUGCUCUCCUCCAGAAGUGUGUGGAAUCGCAUUCAAGAGCCUGAAGAACAGCUCAGCCGUGCAGGGAGCCUCCUCUGAAGCAGCAGAGGCGGAUGGGCGCUAUUCAAAUGGAUCCCCGGGGCAGACUGGUGCUCGCAAGGCGGAAGAGGGGCAUGCCUGCACCGGCGAUGGAGCUGCCAGGUGUGCCUCCUGGGGCCGGACUAAGGCGAUCUGAGCGGGUACCGCAGGGGCGUCGGCAGCCGAAAGGGGCGACUUUUAAGACUUCAUGGACUUCAACUCCCAGAAUUCCCCCGCCAAAAGACGGUGACCGGAAUCGCUUUCGGCCUCCGCCUGGGGGAUCCACGAGCGGCGACCCUGCGAUCUGGAGCUCUCCCAGAAGCCAGGAGGCCGAAGGGCGCAAAGUGGCGGCUCGGCUGGUUCGGCGGAUCUCACGGCCUCAGAGGGGCGGGGGCGGGGGGGAAAUGCCUGGGCUGCUGCUCCGCCGCCGGUUCCUCCCGCCUCUGGGGGCGCUGUUGCGGCCCGGCCGCCCGGAAGUAGCGCCUGGGGAGGCAUGCGCUGCGGCGAUGGCCUCCAGCAAACGGGUGCUGUACGUAGGUGGGCUGGCGGAGGAGGUGGACGAGCGGAUGCUGCACGCGGCCUUCAUCCCCUUCGGAGACCUCACCGACAUCCAGAUCCCGCUGGACUACGAGACCGAAAAACAUCGAGGCUUCGCUUUCAUUGAAUUUGAGCUGGCUGAGGAUGCUGCAGCUGCUAUUGACAACAUGAACGAAUCUGAGCUCUUUGGGAGGACUAUCCGUGUCAACCUGGCCAAGCCAAUGAGGAUCAAAGAAGGCUCCUCCCGUCCAGUCUGGUCAGAUGAUGAUUGGCUGAAGAAAUUUUCGGGAAAGACACUUGAGGAGAAUUUGGAAGAAGGGGGAGCGGUGGCAGCCCAGUCAGAGGUUCAGGAGGGGGAACCACCAGUGAAAAAAUCCAGGACCAACCCCCAGGUUUACAUGGACAUCAAGAUUGGAAAUAAACCUGCAGGUCGAUUGCAUAUUCUCUUGCGGUCAGAUAUUGUCCCGAUGACCACUGAGAAUUUCCGCUGUCUUUGCACGCACGAGAAAGGCUUCGGAUUUAAGGGAAGCAGCUUUCACCGAAUUAUCCCCCAGUUCAUGUGCCAGGCUGGAGAUUUCACCAACCACAACGGUACCGGUGGGAAGUCUAUCUAUGGGAAGAAGUUUGAUGAUGAAAACUUUAUUCUGAAGCACACAGCGCCAGGUUUGCUCUCCAUGGCCAAUUCUGGUCCCAACACUAAUGGCUCCCAGUUUUUUAUCACUUGCGACAAGACUGACUGGCUGGACGGGAAACAUGUGGUCUUCGGAGAGGUUACUGAAGGAAUGGAUGUGAUGCGACAGAUUGAGGCUCAAGGCAGCAAAGACGGGAAACCAAAGCAAAAAGUCAUCAUCUCUGAUUGUGGUGAAUUCAUCUGAAAGUGGCCGCAAGCAGACGCUGGGUGGGAAUACCGGAUAACAGGAGAAGCCCAAGCCCAGCUUCACUUCGCUCUGGAUGAAAACCAGGAUACUUUUCUAACCACUCAGUCCAAGUCUAUUAUGUGUCCAGAUCUGUAAAACUGUUAGAGAUUUCUUUUGUACAGAAUUUUUCUUUCUAUAAAAUUCAUGCAUUUUUUACAACAGAUCCGCCUUUUAAUUUCCCAUAAUUACCUGUUUACUUUGAAUUUUUUACUCCUUUAGCAAUGAGGUGCAACCUUUUUCAAUCUGAGUUUUCCAUUUUCUUGCAUGACGAAGGUCAACAUAUCCAUAUUUCCCAGGUGAGAUGGGUGUGUUUGCACAUGGCAAGAAACCAUGUGCUGCGCUUUCUGUUUCAGGAAAACCAGCUUUCAUUUUUUCUUUUCAUCAUGAAAGAUGCAAACUGCAGCUGAGGCUAAUGGUGCCAUUUGUCUUUUUGCAUCAACUGGAACCACAGCAGCUGCUUGGCACAACAAGAAAAUGACAUUAGAACAAAAAGGGCCCGAUUAGCUGCUCUUGAGGGGAGGAAGAAAGCCCUCAGUCUGAAGCUUCUAGUUCUUCAUGUUACUUAAAUGUGCAUGAAUUUUCCAGGGAAACACUCCAGAAUAAAUUAAACAAUGGCAGGAAGAUUCCAAUAAGGUCUUCUACUGAAAUUGUACCAUUGAUAGUAAAAUUAACAGCAAUUUCAGCAGUAGUGCAGUUAAGGGUCAGAAGUACCAAGUGGCUGGACAAGAAGACCCACCCUUUGGCAAGGGCCUCCAUUUCUUGACCUGCCUCUCCAACCCACCCCUCCCCAGACCCAAUAAGCCUGGUGGUUGCAGGCAGCAGAA